AUGGCUUCCUCUCUUAUGGAUUUAAAAACCAUUACAGCAUUAUCUAUAUUUCUAACCACCAUUCUCAUUGCUCAUACAGCAAAUCAAUACUCUCAAUUUUAUCUUAUUGUCGUUAAUUUAAUAUCAUCCAAAUUAGGAAAAAUAAUACUCAUCACCGAUUUAAUUUUAUUAAUAAUAUAUUUUGGAAUGGGAUUAGUGAAAAUAUUUUUCGGAUCAUUGAGAAUUUACGAGCAAGAAAUUGUAUGGGAGAAGGGAUAUUUUGCAUUAAUUGAAACAUGUUUAGCAAUGACUAUAUUUAGAGAAGAAUUAUCAACCAGAAUGUUAGCCAUGAUGAUUACAUCAUUAUUUUUAAAGAUCUUUCAUUGGAUUUGUGAAUUACGUGUCAAACAUCUUGAAUCUCUUCCACAAACAUCCACUUCCACUUUUGCAAGAAUCUAUUCAUGUCUUUUACUUUUACUUUCAUGUGAUGCAUAUUUUGCUACUACUCUCUCUAUGCAUUAUCUCAAAGAAGGUGUCACACUUCGUGUUUUGUUUUUGAGUGAUUUUUUAAUUCUCUCAAUCAUUGCAAUCACUGUGAGUGUGAGAUUAUGUUUCCAUGCAUAUAAUUUAUCAAAACAAGAUGCAGAAGGAAAUAGUGAAUGGGAAUCAAGAGAUGUUUCUGUAUUCUAUUUAGAGAUUACAUCCGAGUUAUUACAAUCGAUGGUCUAUCUGUCAUUCUUUUUAGUCAUCAUGUCCAAAUAUGGACUACCUUUCCACUUGUUAAGAAAUAUUUACAUUACCAUUGGAAAUGUUCGUAAAAAGAUUACAGAUUUAAUUAAUUAUAGAAGAGCAGCAUAUACAUUGGAUCAAAAAUUUGAAAAUGCAACUCAAUCUCAAUUAGAUGAAUAUGAUGGUGUUUGUGUGGUGUGUCGAGAAGAAAUGAUCACAAAUACUCCACAGAAUCCAAUUAAGAUUUUACCAUGUGGACAUUUAUUCCAUUCCAAAUGUUUGAGAGGAUGUUUAGAGAGAUCACAAGAAUGUCCAACUUGUCGAAGACCUAUUGAUGUCUUGUUGAAGGAACAAGAAGAGAGAAGAAAUAGAACGAGUAGUAGUGGUACUAAUAAUGGUAGUAGUACUAAUACGACUAAUGGUAGACCAAAUGUUACUACCACUACUGCCACCAUGACUUCUAGUGGUGAUGCUAGUGCAUCUCUACCCAGUGGUGGUCACACAUUGACUACUUCUGCUAUUAAUAAUGGUCUCACAUCCAACUUGUUGAUGGAGAUGAACACUUCUUCUUUAAUGAUGAAUCACCAACAAUUACUCAAUCACUUGAUGAGUGGAUUAAAUUCCUCUCCUUUGACAACUGAUCAUGGCACGAAUGCAACAAACUCACUCAUCAACAACAAUGAACAAGUUCAACAAAUAAUGAUUGACAUGUAUGUGAGAUAUCUUGAAUCAAUGAGAGACAAUAUUAAUAUUACAUUGGAACAAUUGAAAUCUCUCUCAACUGUGGUUCAUCAAGAGUAA